CGUCAGCCCCUUCCAGCUUCCCGCCCCGGUAUCCCCUACUUCAUGCGGUGGAACGAGGCGUUCCUGGCGCUGGGCACGCAGUUCGCCGGCGGGGUCUUCCUCGGCACCGCCAUGAUGCACUUCCUCAGCGACGCCAACGAGACCUUCGGGGACCUCGUCCCCUCCAGCGAGUACCCCUUCGCCUUCAUGCUCGCCUGCGCCGGCUACGUGCUCACCAUGCUCGCCGAGUGCGCCAUCUCCUCCGUCGUCGCGCGCGGCCGCACCGCGCCCGCCGCCGCCCCGGCAACAACCGCAGGGGAGCUGGAGGAGGGCAAGCUGGGCAGCACAAAUGGCAACGGCUCGGAUCAACGAGCAGCUGAGCAGGACGCGCACGGGCCGUCGGCGACGGGCCACUCGACGGCGUCGAUGCUGCGGAACGCCAGCACCCUCGGCGACAGCAUACUGCUCAUCGCCGCGCUCUGCUUCCACUCCGUCUUCGAGGGCAUCGCCAUCGGAGUCGCCGAGACGAAGGCGGACGCGUGGAAGGCGCUGUGGACGAUCAGCCUGCACAAGGUGUUCGCGGCGGUGGCCAUGGGCAUCGCGCUGCUCCGGAUGCUGCCCAACCGCCCGCUGCUCUCCUGCUUCGCCUACGCCUUCGCCUUCGCCGUCUCCAGCCCCGUCGGCGUCGGCGUCGGCAUCGCCAUCGACGCCACCACGCAGGGCGACGUGGCCGACUGGGUCUUCGCCGUCUCCAUGGGCCUCGCCACCGGCAUCUUCAUCUACGUCUCCGUCAACCACCUCCUCUCCAAGGGGUACAAGCCCCAGCGGCCCGUCAAAGCCGACACGCCCCUCGGCCGCUGGCUCGCCGUCGUGCUCGGCGUCGGCGUCAUCGCCGUCGUUAUGAUAUGGGACACCUGAUCGUCUGAAGUUGCAUGGGGCUGGUUUGUUAAUUAGUUUUGGACGUUCGUUCAUACUGUAGUAUAUUUCAUAGUGCAAGGAUACUAGUAGCUUCAAUGUAGGCUAUUGCCUCAUAGUACAUGUGCUGUGAUAAGAGAACUGUUUACAUAAUACUACUAGGUGAAAAACAAGCAAAAAUGUUAAAUUCUUGUUUA